AUGCCACAAGAAUGGUCUGAUCGUCUGGAUGAUUUUCAAAAAAUAAUCUUCGUCAAAUGUCUUCGUCCAGACAAAGUUACAAAUGCCAUGCAAGAUUUUGUGUCAAAUAAUCUUGGUCAAAAAUUUAUUGAGCCACAAACUGCUGAUUUGCAUCUUGUUUUCCGUGAUUCAUCAGCAACUACACCGUUAAUCUUUGUUCUAUCUGUUGGUACAGAUCCAGCAGCUGAUUUGUAUAAAUUUGCUGAAGAAAUGAAAUUUGCUAAACGUCUUAAUGCUAUAUCACUUGGACAAGGACAAGGACCAAGAGCUGAAUCAAUGAUGCGAGCAGCUAUGGAAAAAGGACAAUGGGUAUUUUUUCAAAAUUGUCAUUUAUCACCAUCAUGGAUGCCGUCUUUAGAAAGAUUAGUUGAACAAGUUGAUCCUGAUCAUGUACACAAAGAUUUCCGAUUAUGGUUAACGAGUAUGCCAAGUCCUCAAUUUCCAGUAAUGAUCUUACAAAAUGGAAGUAAAAUGACAGUUGAACCACCUCGUGGUAUCAAAGCUAAUUUGUUACGGUCUUAUCUAACACUCAAUGACGAUUUUCUUACAUCAUGCACUGGAAAAGUUGAUGAAUUCAAACAUCUUCUUUUAUCACUGUGUCUAUUUCAUGCUGUUUUACUUGAACGUCGAAAAUUCGGUCCACUUGGUUUCAAUAUUCCAUAUGAAUUCACUGAUGGUGAUUUACGUAUUUGUAUGAGUCAAUUACGUAUGUUUUUAAUUGAAUAUACCGAAAUUGCUUACAAAGUAUUAAAAUAUACUGCUGGAGAGAUCAAUUACGGUGGUCGUGUAACAGAUGAUUGGGAUCGUCGAUGUGUAAUGAAUAUACUCGAUGAUUUUUAUGCACCAAAAGUUCUUGAUCCAAAUUUUUGUUAUGACGACUCACAAAUUUAUCAUCAAUUACCACCAGUAUCUGAACAUCAAGCAUAUCUUGCAUAUGUUCGUAGUUUACCAAUUAAUGAUACACCAGAAAUAUUUGGUUUACAUGAUAAUGCAAAUAUUACAUUUGCCCAAAAUGAAACAUAUCGUACAUUAAAUGAUUUACUUGAUUUACAACCUAAAACAGCAUCAGCUGGUGAAAAUCGAGAUGUUGUUAUUGAAAAAUUAGCAAAAGAUGUUCUUUCACGUGUACCACAACCUAUACCAUUAGCAAUUGUUAUGGAAAAAUAUCCUGUUUUAUAUGAACAGUCAAUGAAUACUGUGUUAACACAAGAAAUUAUUCGGUAUAAUAGAUUAUUAAAUAUGAUACAUACAUCAUUACAAGAAUUACUUAAAGCAAUGAAAGGUUUAGUUGUACUUUCUCAAGCAUUAGAAGAAAUGUCAAAGAGUUUAUUUAAUAAUGCUGUACCAGUCAUGUGGAGUAAAGUUGCUUAUCCAAGUUUAAAACCACUUGCUUCAUGGGUUAUUGAUUUAAUUCAACGUGUUGAAUUUGUACAAGCAUGGGUUGAUCAUGGUAUUCCAACUGUUUUUUGGAUAAGUGGUUUCUUUUUUCCACAAGCAUUUCUUACGGGUACAUUACAAAAUUUUGCUCGAAAAUAUGUCAUAUCAAUUGAUACAGUUAGUUUUGGUUUUCAAGUAAUGAAACAAUCAGCUAAAGAUUUAACACAAACACCUACAGAUGGUUGUUAUAUACGAGGUUUAUUUGUUGAAGGUGCACGUUGGGAUCAUGCAUUACAUGUACUUGGAGAAUCUCGACCAAAAGAAUUAUUUACUGAAAUGCCUAUUAUAUGGUUACAACCAGAACAAAAUCGACAAAUUCCAACAUCAGGUAUUUAUAUGUGUCCUGUAUAUAAAACUUUAACACGUGCUGGUACAUUAUCAACAACUGGACAUUCAACAAAUUUUGUUUUUACUAUUGAAAUUCCAUCAUCGAAAUCUCAAAAAUAUUGGAUAAAACGUGGUGUUGCACUUAUAUGUGCUCUUAAUUACUGA